GGGGCAUGGCGCUGGUGACGGUGCGGCGGGCGGGGGGCUCCGCCGGCGGCCCCGCGGAGGAAGAUGCUCCCAGACGUGGCCAGCUGCAGCGACGGCAGAGCUUCGUCAUGGUCAAGGGGGCUGCGCGGCUCCUGCCUGCCGAGGAGCCCCCCCCGGCCGAGCCCCCCCCGGCCGAGCCCCCCUGCCAGGCCCCGGGGCAGCAGGAGCAGCACCUGCACCUCAUGAUGCAGCUGCUGCGCCCCCAGGACGCCAUUCGGCUGGCGGUGCGGCUGGAGUCGGCGCGGCCGCGGCGGGUGCGGUACCUGCUGCUGGUGCGGCCGGAGGAGCCGGGCGCCGAGGCGGAGACGGCGCUGCUGGGAGUGGAUUUUGCCCACGAGGGGGCCACCCGCUGCACCCUGGGCAUGGUGCUGCCCCUCUGGAGCGACACCCAGGUGUUCCUCGACGGCGACGGGGGGUUCAGCGUGACAUCGGGGGGACAGACGCGCAUCUUCAAGCCCAUCUCUGUGCAGACCAUGUGGGCCGUGCUGCAGGAGCUGCACCGCGCCUGCGAGGACGCGGCCCGCGGCGGGCACAUCCCCGGCAGCCCCGCGCUGGCCUGGGCCCGCGGCUACGCGGCGGCGCUGGGCUCCAAGCAGAGCUGCCUCAACGAGUGGCUGGCCAUGGCCGACCUCGAAAGCGUGCGGCCCGCCUCGCCCAGCGCGACCCCGCGGCCGGCCGCACCAGAGCUGUCGGAGCAGGCGGUGCGGGCGCUGCUGCGGGAGGUGAUGGCUGCCGCCGACCUGGAGAACGUCACGUCCAAGGAGGUGCGCGAGGAGCUGGAGCGGCGCACGGGGCACAGCCUGGGCGAGCACAAGGAUUUCAUCGACAACGAGAUGCUGCUGGUGCUGGCGCAGAUGGAUCGGCCUUCCCGCGUCUUCCCGCACCUCUUCCUGGGCUCCGAGUGGAACGCGGCCAACCUGGAGGAGCUGCAGCAGAAUAGGGUCACCCACAUCCUCAACGUGGCGCGGGAGAUCGACAACUUCUUCCCGGCGCUGUUCACGUACAUGAACGUGCGGGUGUACGACGAGGAGGCGGCCGAGCUCCUGCCCCACUGGAACGACACCUUCCUCUUCCUCUCCCGCGUCCGGGCGGCGGGCGGCCGGGCGCUGGUGCACUGCCGGAUGGGGCUGAGCCGCUCGGCUGCCACGGUGCUGGCCUACGCCAUGAAGGAGUUCGGGUGGCCCCUGGAGCGGGCGCUGCGGCACGUCCGGCACUGCCGGCCCGGCGUCCUGCCCAACCCCGGCUUCAUGCGCCAGCUCGACUUCUACGAGGGCAUCCUGAGCGCCAGCCGGCACAGCGUCCUGUGGGAGCCCCGGGCGGCCGAGCAGGCGCCGCAGCCCGAGGAGGACACCGCGAGGGACACAAGUGGCCUGUCCCCGCUGUCCUCCCCGCUGGCGUCCCCGCAGCCCUCCGAGGAGGAGGCAGCCGGCGGGGGGCUGCUGGGGGCCUCCCGGCGCCCUCGCAUCUCGCUGUGCUCUGUCAUGCGGAGCAUCAGCCUGCUGGAGACCCCCGAGCCCCUCGAGGUGCUGGGGGAGCCCCUGGCCGGGGAGCGGCGUGCGGUGACCCCGCUGUCCCCCCUCAGGUGUUCGAGGCCACGGAGAAAGCAGAGGGUCCCUCCCCGAGGUCACGACCCUCGUCCCGCCCGCGCGGGGUGGUGCGCCAGGCCAGCCUGGAUGGCGGCCCCGCCCCUUUUUGUGACCACACCCUUAGUGAUUGCCACACCCAGGGCCACACCCAUGGACCUGGCCAGGGCCACGCGGAUGAACCCACGCCUUAAUUUGGGGGGCAGGGGACAGCACCUCCUCACUGCCAUAGCAACGGGGGAGGGGCGUGGUCUUCGCCUGGGGGCGUGGCCAGCGAGCCGGCACGCCCCGCCCACGCCCCGCCCGCACCCCGGGGCUGGGACGGGCCUCUGCCCCAGCCACACAAACACCGGCACCGCUCCUGCACUGGCAAUAAAGCGUGGAAAUGGCAGCCCCUGGUGCUUUUGUGACCCUGAGCGUCUGGAGGGUGGGCUGCUGUCAGUAGGGACCGGAGUGAACGCUUUGGGGACACCGGGCGGGCACGGGGACCCAGCGGCGCCAUUUUGUGCGGCGGGGAAACUGCAACUCCCGGCGGCCUUUGCGCGAGAAGCACAACUUCCGGGUUGCCAUGGCAACCGUCGCGGCCUAGGCCUGGGCUGGAAUCAGGGCUGGGAUGGUGCUGGAAACGGGACCGGGGCAGUCCCGAGGCCCAGCAGCGGAGGACUGAAGCACACAGAGAGCCUCUGUGGCCAUGGUGGAGGGGAAAGCCAGGUGCUCCCCCCUCCACCCCGUGAGGUGGUGUCAACCCCCUCCCACCAUGGUGUCCCUUCGUGUUGUGUCACCCCUGACCCACAGGACACCUUCCACUAG